AGGAAAAGGUCAAUAAGGGAAGGGAGAUUUAGUGUGCUUAUCGUUCCUUUACUUAUCGGUGUUGAUCAUGUUCUUGACGGAAGAUCUGAUGGCUAAUCGUUGCAUUUUCCAUUUCUUGGUCAAUUUUCAUCAUGUUUUUAGAUAUCAUGGCGGAUUGCUUUUCAUAGUUUUGUUUUCUUGGAUUCGAUUUGCCAUCGUUCGUGUAGCCUUUGCAGCACAUGAAGAAAUCGCCGAACACACAAGAAAUCUGGGCGCUGCCCCGUAAACCACCAUCUAUUCGCGCACCUUCUGCUGCGUUUCUCCAGAUGCCCAUUGUUUAUGCCUUUGUCCUUUCGCAAUGAGAGGGAGUCCAUUUUCCUUCUCCGCUAAGGAGCAAAUUGAUCAUAGAAAAGUAAAUAUAAAUGCACCAAAACCAGUACGAGUGAUAUGGUCCUCAUCCUAUACCAAAUUUGUUAGGUCUGUUUAUUCUUGUGGUCGCAAGACAUCCAUGUUUUGUUCGUUCUUAAGAGAACUUUAAAUAUUAUUAUCCUAAUAUAAGUGGAGUAAUUUUAAUUAACCUAAAAGCAAAGUUAUAGAACAUCAACAUUAUCAACAAGAUUUAAUCACCCGUUUAAAUCAAGUUAGCAUAUAAAACCAAAUUGUGUCUAGAAAAACGCAAAAACAUGAUAUGGUUGUUUCGUGAGUGUUGAUUCAGGGCGGAAAUGGUUGUUUCAGUGUUCGAGCUUCGCCAAUUGCACACAAGAGUAAGAAAGUGUCAGUACCAAAGGAGUCCCACAUACAAAUACAAAAGCCUUAUGGGAAUGUGGGUGCUUCCAAUUUGACAUCAUUUAGGUGUCAGAUAUGAUGCAUGAUGAAACCAUAGGUUCGGCUGGUUGAAUUGGUAGACAGGUGAUUCUUCUGCACAACGUACAAAUAAUGUUUGACUGACUCGAGUAAAUGCUGUAUUGUUCUUGCAAUGAGGAGUUGUCAGGUGGCAUCUGCUUGAUGGACUGCAUGCACAAUUCAAGUGACAAGAAAACAUUGAAGAGGUGGUUUUUCAUCGACAAAAGGGUCGGAUAAUUGUAUAGAGGGCAGCAGAGGCUGAUUAAUCACUUGGGAGCUGGUUGUCAGAUAUCAUACUACUUCUGAAGAUAAUUUUAUUGACCUGGAAUCUAUGGAUUUGAAGUCAAACCAUAGUUCCCCUGUUCUUGCUGAUCCUGUACUGUUGAGCAAGUCAAGACUGGGCUUGCCCUCUAAUAUGACUCCAUUUUCCCCAGCAGCAGCACCAUACUCGUCUUCCGGUUUGUAUCUACAGAUUCCCAGAAGAAAAGUUGGUAAACUUGAUGAUGUCCGUGCCAAUAGUUGGCUGGAUGCCAUGAAAGCCUCAUCACCUCCUCGCAAAAAGCUAAACAAAGAUUUCAUAUCUGAGUCUCAAUCGGAUGAAACCGAUGCUGCAUACCGCACCUGGAUGAUGAACCAUCCAUCCGCUUUAACAGCGUUUCACCAAAUCACCGCUUAUGCUAAAUACAAGAAGAUCGCCUUGUUUUUGGACUACGACGGAACGCUUUCACCUAUCGUGGACAACCCAGACCAUGCAUUUAUGUCUAGUGCUAUGCGAGCUGCCGUAAAAGAUGUUGCUAAGUACUUUCCAACUGCAAUUAUUAGUGGAAGGUCUCGUGGCAAGGUGAACGAAUUUGUGAGGCUGUCAGAACUGUAUUAUGCUGGCAGUCAUGGGAUGGAUAUAAUGGGCCCAAUCAGAGAAUCCCAGUCUGUUGAUGACCAUCCAGACUGUAUCAGGACAACUGACGAGCAGGGCAAAGAGGUACAUCUUUUCCAGCCUGCUAGCGAGUUUCUUCCGAUGAUCGAUGAGGUGUUUGACUCCCUCAUCGAUAUCACUAAAGACAUCGUAGGUGCCAAAGUUGAGAACAACAAGUUUUGUGUCUCUGUACAUUACCGCAAUGUUGAUGAGAAGAUGUGGGAAGAAGUCGGAAAGCGUGUGUUUGGUUUCAUAAACGACUUUCCACGUUUGCGAGUUACCCAUGGGCGGAAGGUUCUAGAGGUCCGUCCCAUAAUUGACUGGAACAAGGGCAAAGCUGUUGAGUUUCUGCUUGAAUCACUUGGGCUUAGCCAUCGUGAUGAUGUGCUCCCAAUUUAUGUGGGAGAUGACCGUACUGAUGAGGAUGCAUUUAAGGUCUUGCGAGAGAGUAACUGUGGAUUCGGUAUCCUGGUAUCAACCGUGCCAAAAGAAACCAAGGCUUUCUACUCUCUGAGUGACCCAUCCGAGGUACUAGAAUUUCUCAAAUCCCUUGUGAGAUGGAAGAAGUCCGUUGCAUUACAAACCGAAGAUUACAUGACUGCAAUAUAAAUAUUAUAUAUGCAUUGUCAAGGAGUAAACAAGUAGCCGACAGUGGUCCGUACGAUCGCAUAAGCAAUAGCCGAUCGAUUUUUUUUUUAUCGUUGCAUUUAUUUAUUUAUUUUUCUGAGUUCAAGUGUCAUGUUAUUUCAUUUUGCAGUCUGCCUGUUCUUCCAAAAAUGGGUCUGGUUAUCCGACCUUCAAUGCAAUUGCCAUUUUAUUCUUCGCAAUCUUGUUUUGCCUUCUCAUUUGUUUGUCAAUUCAUUGUAAUGGUACGUUAUCAUCAUUGUAAUCAGCUUUGAAUCAGGUCCAUCUGAAAUACAUUGCAAAUUAUAUUUACGAUCAACUUUAAAGUAGGUUGGUCUAAAGUAUUA